AUGAGCGCUAUACGGAAAUACCCAGUAUGCGUUGGUCGUGAGCGUGGUAUGAAAAAGACCAAGAACGUACGGCCCAAAAAACCAUCAAAUCGUCGUGGGCGUAUCACCAAACAAGCCAAGUUUACACGCGAUUUGGUUCGUGAGAUCGUUGGCUUCGCACCAUUUGAAAAACGAAUAUUGGAGUUGCUCAAAAAUGACAGAGAAAAGCGGGCUCUGAAGUUCGCCAAAAAGCGGAUUGGAGGGACAAGACGUGCCAAGAAGAAGCGAGAGGAACUCUUAAAGGUUGUAAAAGCCAUGCGCACGAAGUAA